AUGAUUAUGAUUGCAAGAAUAUUCAUUCGGGUGUUUGGGCUGCUAGUUAGCAGUGCAUGCUGGGCUAUGGGCAUGGAUGCAAGCGCAUUUUCGAUGGGUUCUCCAGGCUUCCUAUACAAUGUGGGGGCGCAGUCCUUUUUGGCCUGGGAAAAUCAGGCAGAUAGCAAAACCUUGUGGAUAAAGGGCGUUUCUUCAGGAAAGCUCGCUAGCCGGUUCAAAAUCCACAUGGGGAAAUACCACAGCGCCACGUACAGCCUUAUUAUGUCGGCCGACCCAAGCCUUCUCACAAAAGCAAAGAAAAAAUACACAAACAAAACUUCGAGCCUGCCGUUCUAUGGGUUUCCAACCAUGAGCAGAAUGGGGAAUGCCUCGUCUGAGAAGCACUUUGGGAUCUCUGCUGCCACAACCAACCCCAACAGCUGGUUCUCCUUUUCGCCUCCCAUCACAAAAAUGAACUUUUUCAAGAUAUAUCUCAACAACCAGUGCCUUUCUGUUGAGCGCGAAGGAUACCUCAAGCUAGAAGAGUGUGUUUCUUUGCCCAUGGAGAAGCAAAUGAAACAGCUUUUCAAGUGGUUCCCGGAAAGCGAGCACAUUGUGGUGAGCACCCGCUACACGCAGAAGAUCUCAGUGCAAAACGAAAGCCGGGCGCCAAGAAGAAAGAACCAGGUGCAGGUCCGCAAGCAGGCCCCGAAAAAGCCCACAAUAACGACAAGCGUGCACAUUAAAACAACGAUUCCUGCAGCAAGCGGCCAAGGCCGGCCAGAAAUCAAUGGGAAGCCGCGCGGGUACUACGAUGACCCGGCAGUGAUUGUAACCAACAGGGUGAAAACCAUGGUCGAGGGCGAAGACGGCGACUCUGACUCGUACUACCAGCCAAACAAGGCGAAAUUUGUCAUGCCGCCAGGAUUCACAUAG